AUGAACUCAAUUGAUUACGACCCUAGAACGCAUUUGAAUGAAAUCUUCAGCUCUCCCGGUGCACUUGAGGAGUUACCUCAAUUGUUGAAUCAUACUUCGAAAUACAAACAACAAGUGACAAAUGAGGUUAAUGAAUCGAUUGCUCAGUACCAGAGGGUAGACUUGGCUGGUGACAUAACCAAUCUUGUGAAUACAGUUAAAGAGGUGAAAAUAGGAUCCCAGUCAACCAAAGAAUCAAUUACUGAAAUGACUAGUUCUAUACAAAAGUUGGAUUAUUACAAGAAGAACUUAGUGGCGUCGAUGACUGUGUUGAAGAGAUUGCAAAUGUUGAUCAACGUAAACAAUACAUUGAGUACUAUUUUACCAACACAUAAUUACAAGGAAAUCUACCAACUACUUGGUGUUAUGAAGGAGUUAUUACUGUUUUUCCAACCAUACAAGUCGAUUGAUGAGAUUAACCAGAUCAAUCUUAAGAUAGUACACACCCAGAAUAAGUUGAUUGAUGAUAUUUUCAUGGACUUUGAGGAGUUUCACAACAAAGACGAAGAGCAACUUUUAUAUGGUGCUCAAAUCUUGGAGUUGAUUGAUGUAAAGUAUAAGGAAAAGUUGUUGUCUUGGUUUUACAAUUCUCAAUUGCGUGAUUUGAAAGAGGUUUUUAGUGGAGAAGCCGGGUCUUUGGAUAACUUGAACAGGCGGUUUAUUUAUUUUAAGAAUAUUCUAAAACAGGUCCAACAAUACAAGAUUUUCCCAUGGGAUGUAUCGAAAGAGAUUGUUCAAGAGUUUUGUAAAAUGACCAAACUGGACAUAUCAAAGUUGUUGUAUAAUUCCAAAGUCGAAUCAAAGAGUCUUUUGGAUAACUUGACUACUACGUUAGAGUUUGAGAAAUCGUUAAAUUUGACUAAUGAAAUAUCCCUGGCAUUUGAGCCAUACUUAUCCAUCUGGGUGCAUGAACAAGAUAAAUACUUGAAUUCGAAGAUCCUUGAGUUUUCUGCCGUAUCGCAAUUGCCACCAGAACUCAAAGACUCGUCAUCAGAUGUUCCAAACAUUGCUGUGUCGUCUACUGAGUUGUUCAAGAUUUUUAAUCGGUUGUUGGCUCAUAUUUCAAAACUUACUGAUGGGGACACGAUAGUUGAUUUGGCAAAAUUGUUCAAUAGGUACUUGCUAGAGUAUAACAACCGUAUAUUAUUACCUAUACUUUCAACUGAUGACUAUAGUAACGAGUCCUUGAAAUAUUUCACCAUGUUGUUGAACACUGGUGAUUAUAUUAUUGGAAACAUUGAUGAGUUGUACGAGAGAAUCCAGAAAUUGACAAAAAACACCAUUCCUCAGUUUAACACUGACGUGUUUUACCAGUUGAUAAACAAAAGCAUCUCGAGUUUGUUGAUGAAAAUGUCCACCGAUUAUAAACCAUGUUGGAGAGAAUUUUUCAAUAUUGCCUGGGAGCAUUUAGACUCAGUGAAUGAUAUAUCUUCAUACAUGAAUGAUUUAAAAACAAAAACAGCCGAUAACUUAAAGAUCAUUCUUCCGUUGAUUAUCCGUGACAGUUAUGUGCGUAAUUUUUGUGAUAAACUUGUUGAAUUAUUGGUAACAACCAUUGCAAACAAUUUGAAGUUUGUAAAACCAUUACAAGCAUCCAGCGUGGAGCAAAUAUCCAUGGAUGUUUAUUCAUUGAAAGAGUUGGCGUUGAAAUUCCCGUUGUAUUCUGCAAAAGAGGUAUCCAAGUCAUAUGUCAAGUUUGUCAAUAGUCAUUUCCAUGAUUUAGAAUCCUUGUUGAAGCUUCUCAUGGUACCUAUUGUUCCUGUGGAGAACAUAAUUGAAAGUUAUUUUGAAUUAAUUGGGGACAAGUCGAUUAGUAAUUUUGUCAAGGUGUUGAAUCUAAAGAAUGUAGACAAGACGGACCAUCACAAAUACGUGGAGAAUUUUAAAUUACAAUUAUCGAUCGACGAUGGGGCAGUGACAAGUUGUAGUUUGUUACAGAAUUUAGAAGACGAAGAGGAUUUAUCUCGAGCAGCUACCCCAGAGGUUAAACUUAAUGAAAAAUUCGAGAGUCAUGUAAACAAGAUUAACGAGAACUUUAAAAAUUUCGGCAAGUUUUUCCGCAAAGAUGAGUAG